AUGGCAACGUGGUGUGCAAACGACUCCUCCGAAGACGACGAUGUAGUCCAGGCGACAGAAUACGACGAAAGCGAAAAAGACCCAACAAUUAACGUUAAUUUAGGCGAAAAAGCAGUAAAUGAUCCUCCAGGGGAAACCUCCAGCUGCCACAAGACAGCAGACGGGAAUAGGGAGAAUUCUAACAGCAAGAAACUCCUAAAUCCCGAUGGAGAACAGCCAGGUGAUUCUACCAAAGAGAAUCAGAUGUUACCACAGAUUUACAUCCCCAAAAAGCCACUCACAUGUGAAGACGGAGUCGCCCUCUUCUGCGAUCACAUACUCGGGACGUGCACGGCUGAUGAGGCAGAUGAAGCGAUUGCCUUUUUUAUAACUGAGCAAAUUGGCAAUAAACGCUCUUGGACAGCAGUAUGGAAAACUCCCCUUGAUGCCCUGUUGUUGAAUUGUGAUGUUCAGGAUGUGACAAGUGUUGUUGGCGUACUUGUCCAGGUGAAUUGUAGACCAUGUCAAGGAAAAGCCCUCCCAAUUCAUGUCACUAUAUCUGUGGCAGAACCGUUUUCCUCAAAUGUUGCUAAUCUACCAAGAGAUUUGGUAGAAGAAGUCUUGAAGGAAUGUGAUUACUCUGUUCCAAUCUUAGAUUUAUACCCUGUCCAGGGGUUGGGCUCCGAAGUGGAUAACAUCGCUGCGGCCCUGGAACAUGCAAGGUUUUUCUAUGAUAUCCUGUGGAGAGAUUGGGACGAUGAGGAGGAAUGUUCAGAAUAUGCAGGGCAAAUUGAGAAACGCUUGCAGCUCUAUUACCAUAGUCAGGAUGGAACCAUUCCUGGCCCUAUAAGCAAGAGAUACCAUACAACCCUAGAGGAGUACCGAAGUAAACGACUGGAGCUGACAAAGUUUCAGACCAGCAUCCGUGGUGAAGCGACACCAGGGGAGGCGGUGGAGUGCUGGAAGAAGUACUAUGAGAUGUCAAUGUUGUGUGGCCUUCUCAAAUUUUGGGAGAAUAUGAGACUCAGGAGUCAUGGCCCAUUUUAUUCAAGGAUCUACAAGUGCAGAAAAGGACAUAGACCAACUGGGAAGAACGUGACUCACAUUGUUGCACAGAUUAUGACAACUGAUAUGAUAAAGGAUUUCUCCUUAGACACUCUUAUACUGCAGCAUGACUCUUUGGAGGGAGCAUUAGAUUCAUGUUUCUCUGGAGACAUGGUGGUUAUCUUCCCUGGGGAAUACCAAGCAGACAGCCUGGCCUCACUCACAGAUGACAUACACAUUAAGGGAGCUGGAGAGAGGCAGGAAGUGGUGAUCUACUCUGAGCCCACCAGUGACAACUUUGUGGCCUCCAAGCGGUCUCAGGUGAUGCUCCAGGACCUGACACUGGUUCAGAGGGGCACAUGUGAUGGCAUUGUGGUGGUGGAGUCAGGCCAGAUGACUUUGAAGAACUGUGUACUAAAGUGUGAGGGCACUGGUGUGUGUGUGCUGACUGGUGCUUCUCUUUUUAUGACCAACUGUGAGGUCACUGGAGCUCAGGGAGCUGGUAUAGAGCUUUACCCAGGGAGUGUGGCUGAACUUCACCAGAAUGAAAUCCACCACUGUAGCAACCAAACCAUUAAAGACCCCAAGAAUUCACUGGGUGGCAUCAAUAUGAAGGUCCUUCCAGAGCCACAGCUCAGGAUGUUUGAUAACUACAUCCAUGACAACCAUGGCUAUGGGGUGACAAUACUAGUGCCUGAUAAUAUCCAAGGCACUGUUAAUGAAGAGCAGGUAACUGCAAGAGGUGACGAGAAUGAAUCUGAUCAGCUGGCCAAAGCUAUUCAAAAACUCAGUCUGAACACCAGCACCAAUAAGCUCAUCUCCAACAGCCUGGGUGAUGUGGGCCUGCUACACAAAAUGUGGUUCACCUCAUAA